AUGGUGGACCACGUGUGUCCUGCCGGCGUGCUUGUUCCUCUGGUCCUCGAUUCAUCGCUCCUCAUUCCUAAACGAGUCGGGGCCAGGGAGUGUACCAGCAAGAUGGCGGCGCGCUGGGGUGCAGGAGAGGAGACUUUAACUGCAUGUAAUAUGGAUAUGUUCCCCAUGGAUACACUAGACGAGAAUGAUGGGCUGAGCCCCGCAGAGACUCUUGAGGCCCUUCAAAGCUGUUUAGACCCCUCAAUUCUUUCCAUCUUUGAGGACACUCCAACAAUAGAGAUUAAAGGAAUAGAUGAGGAAAGUGAAGCCACGCUGCUGACUGCCCUGACAGAGAUCCUUGACAAUGUGGAUGAUGACAACCUGUCCCCAUUUGACAUGCUGCCUGACUCAGACCUGCUGUCGGGUCAAAAGGGCCGGGAACACUCUCCGCUCAGGAGAUUGCUGUGUCUCUCACGUUCCCCUCCAGAGAAAGACACAAUAAUUAGCUCAGGAUCCUUCUCAACUGGAAAGAGCCUACCUAGGCUACUGGCGUCAUUCCAGAGAAGUGAUGGGGAGGAAGAGGAAGAUGGCUCCCUCUCUCUGAGCCCAUUGAGUCACAGUUUAUCUCCUGACAGUGACCAGCUACAGUGGGAGGAGCUGACUCUCCCCCUUCCUGACACCUUUGAGCAGGAGGUAGAAGAUGGUAUUUCAGUUAGCCUGGGAGACUUGGUCAGGCAUAUGCACCCGUACUGUAUGUCCAUUAGUAUGGAGGACGACAAGGGGGAACAGAUGUUGCCCGAAGGAGGCAUCUUACUUGAAGUUGUGGACCAGGGUGAAAAUGGAGAACCCAUCUUUGCCAUCCAAGAUAUGGAUCUGCCAGGUUCUUUUCCACUUGGAAAAGAGGAGCCGUUCUUAAAUCAUGAAGUUUCAGAUGAAGCAGAAGAAGUGGCCUCUGACACUUCAGAGCAUAUAGUUGUUGAUGAUGAAGAUGAAGUACAAGUUGCAGCCCCUGCGACACCACACCUAUGUUUAGAUGUGAAAGAUGCGAUGAUCAUCGAGAGACAAGAUGAGAUAAUGGAGAAAAGUCCCUCUCGGAGAAAAAAAAAAAAGAAAAGCAAGGAACAUCACAAACCCAAACCUGUGGAGGUAAGGAUCCUGAGGAGUGGCACAGUAAGAAAGAUGCCCCAGGAAUCUCUGAAAAAAACUGACAGGUUAGUCAAAGAAAAGAAGAAAAACAAAGUCCCAAAGCUUCCUCUUGCCUCACCUCCAGCUGCUUCAACUGUAAAACCUAAGAAACAAAAUUCUUGUCAAACUGAAACCACCACCAAAACACUAACACCAGAAAUGAAUGUGCAAGUUGCCACACCUGUGUCACCUAGGCAGGAAAUGGCACCCUUAAAGGCUAACCCUGUGAAGAGUCCCCCUAGCUGUUCCCCCUCAGCACUGAGCUCCCAACAGCCUAAACAGCCGGCCUCGGAGAAACUGGAAGUCUCAUCAGCAGUUCCUCCUGCUGUCCUGCCCCUGAUGUCUUCAGAGAGCCCCGCAGCUGCUACUGCUCCAGCAACACCCCAGAUGAUGCCACCUGUUAGUGAGGCCCUUGCUCCUUCAGCCUCUGUAGUCCCAGAGCCUAAGCCUAAAUCACUCAGUCUAGCAGAGUACCGGCGGCUCCGUCAGCAGAAAAAGCCAGCGCCGGUGGAACAGGCAGACGACAACAGCACCAAGUGGCCAAGCCUUCCAGAGCUUCCUACAGAGCUUCCCCUCAUUCCGUGCCUGCCCAACCCCAACCCCAAAGACCUUCGACGCCCCAACCCCCAGCCAGAAGUGGUGGAGGUCAGGCCUGCCUGGCAGCCAAGGGGCCCAUGUGCACCACCCACCCCUGAGGCGCUGUUGGCACUACCAGCCUACAUGGUUGCCUCAACCAGCAAGGUUUCCACCGUUACACCUGUCCAUAAACCCCAGCUAACACCUGAACCUCCCAAAGCUUCUCUUCCCCAACAGUCAGUCUCCACUCCUGAGUCAGCGAAGAUUUUACCCUCGCAUCAUCAAACUACAGCUCAACCUGCAGUGCCUUGUGUGCCUCAGAGCUCUGCCUCUCCAGCAGAGGGGAAAUGCUCUCCCACACUUCUAGUAGGAAAGGGUGGAGUUGAUGAAAGACCCCAAUCUCAGCCUGCGACUCCUCGGUCUGUAGAGCUCACUCAAACCUGUUCUAAAACCACUAAAGAGGUGAUCAAACCAAUUGCUGCUACCACUGUGUCUGCACCCAGUGCCCCUCAGAAGUCCAUUGUUGUUUCCCAGAAGGUACCGGUGGUUACUGCUCCCAAGUCCUUAAGUUACCCCAUUACAACUGUUAGCAAGUCCUCAAAACCCACAGCGGAUGGUACCCAAAUGAGGUCUUCUGCAGCUAUGCAGCCUAAACCUGUUCUACUUGAAACUAAAGAGAAGCCCACUACAGCGGUGAAACCCUUGAAGGCAAAGAGCGCCACACAGGCGCUCAUUGAGGCUUUCACCACAGAGAUAGGUAUUGAAGCUGCUGAUCUGACCAGCUUGCUGGAGCAGUUUGAGGAAACUCAAGCCAAAGAGGAGAAAUGUGUGCCGGAGGUCUCUGGUAGAGCAGUAGCUGUAGGAAACUCGAGUUUUGGGUCGGCUCCAGAGAAACCGCUUGUUGAGAGUGUGAGAGCAAACAACCUUUCGAGUCCUGCAGCUUUGACUCCUCCGGCUACUCCCCCACACCAGAUGUGGAAACCACUGGCCCCUGUGGCACUGCUGGGAAAGAGCAAGGCAGCUGAGGCCCAAAGGUUGAGCCCCCCCAAGGUUAUCCAGAUAGAAGCCCGGCCCCUGCCCUCAGCCAGGUCCCGCAGCAAACCCACUCCUGCCGCUGCUACUGUCUCAGCCGAGCUGGCAUGCAGGGACCAUGACUAUUGCCUCCCCAACAAAGGCACUCCUGGAGAGCAAGGCAAGCGCUGGAAUGUCAAACAGCCAUCUUUUAUCACUAUUAAACCCAUCAAGCAACCCACUACACAAACCCCCCGUGCAUUGUCUGCCCAGUCUACCACAAACUAUGUGGUUAAAGCCCAAACACGAGAGCUUCCUCUGACAGAGCCCCUCGAUCACAGGACUGAUAUGACGGAGAGAAGCUCUGUCCUGGAGACUCCUGAUGCUUCCCCAGCUCGUCAGGAGACUGAUGCCACUGAUAGAGAGGGAAGCCCUAAGAGAGGGCAUUUAGGGAGAUCAUACCGUCGACAAGCUGCCUCUCGCACACCCAGCCCCCGAUCCAGUCCCAAAGAGAGGACUGGGGGCCGCUCUAGAAAAAGAAGAUCCCAUCAUUCUCCCAGCCCCAUGUCCAGCAGUUCAGAGUCUGACUCCCAUUCCUCUAGAUCUCGGUCUAGAUCCCACUCUCCAUCUAAGAAAAGAUAUCAUCCUCAUCAAUCUGAGAGUAGUUCCAGCUCCUCAUCCCGUUCUUCCUCUCGGUCUUCUCCCUCCGUGUCCCGCUCUCCUCCCAGGAGGAGGAGGAAGUUCUCAUAUUCCUCCUCUCGUUCUGGCUCUUGGAGUCGCUCGAGAUCACGGUCUGGGUCCCCUCAGAGGCGAGCUCAGUGGAGUAGAACCAGAAGAUUGUACAGUCCUUCGUGUAUGAACAGCUAUGCUCAAGCUGGAAAGAAUAAUGUCGAAGUGAAGAGACUUAAGGAGAAAGCCAUCGAGGAGCGGCGGGUUGUUUACGUUGGUCGCAUUCGGGGAACGAUGACCCAAAAAGAACUAAGAGAGCGCUUCUCCUUAUUUGGCGAGAUUGAAGAAUGCACCCUGCACUUUAGAGACCAUGGGGACAACUAUGGGUUUGUGACUUAUUACGACACCAAGAAUGCAUUCACCGCCAUCGAGAAUGGAAGCAAGCUGCGCAAGUCCGAUGAGCUUCCAUUUGAUCUCUGUUUUGGAGGAAGGAGGCAGUUCUGCAAGUCGAACUAUGCUGACCUGGAUUCGAGUAAAGAGUACGAUACGUCGUCUGGGAAGAGCAAGUUUCAGGCACUAGACUUCGACACUUUAUUGAAGCAGGCCCAGCAGACUCAGAAGAGGUAACAGGAGGCCUGCAGCAGGAAGCAGCUGACACUUACCUCAGAGCCAACGGCUGGCUCCUCACCUGCGACACUGUCUUUACAUUUAAGUUGUUGCCUUAGUUUUAUUUUGUUUGUUUUUGUUUUGUUUCUCAAAGCUAACACCUUCUAUUGAAGUGAAGAUUUCUAAUAAAAUUAGUAAAAGAAAAAAAAUGGAAAUAUUUUUUUUAAAGUUUAUUUAAAUAUGAAAUUAAAUUUAAAUUGUAUGGAAAAUCAUUUUUAAAGGGUAAAGGUACGUGGAAUGGAGCUUUGUAAUGACUGGGAUAGGUUGUGUUACAUUGAGUGUACUACAGACCUAAAUAAAAAAGAACCUAAAAACCUAUAAA